ACAUUUUAUUUCACCUUCCUCUUGAAAGUCAUGCAAAAUCAGAGCUACAUCACUGAGUUUGUACUCCUGGGGCUUUCACAGAAUCCAAAGGUUGAGAAAAUAUUAUUUGUUGUAUUUUUGCUGAUCUACAUUGCAACGAUAGGGGGCAACAUGAUGAUUGUGGUGACCAUCAUCCACAGCCCUGCAUUGUUCGGCUCCCCCAUGUACUUCUUCUUGAUAUUUCUGUCAUUACUGGAUGCAUGCACUACUUCUGCGGUCACACCAAAGAUGAUUAUAGACUACUUCUAUGAGAGGAAAACCAUCUCCUAUGAAUGUUGCAUGACACAACUGUUUGUGGUCCACUUCUUCACUGGGGCUGAAGUGAUUGUCCUGACAGCCAUGGCCUAUGACCGCUAUGUGGCCAUUUGCAAGCCCCUGCACUACUCUUCCAUCAUGAACAGGAGGCUCUGUGGCACUCUGGUGGGGGUAGCCAUGGCAGGAGGCUUCUUGCACUCCAUCAUACAGAUUAUCUUCACUUUGCAGCUGCCGUUCUGUGGAGCCAAUGUCAUUGACCAUUUCAUAUGUGAUUUGUUCCCAUUGCUGAAGCUUGCCUGCACUGACACACACAUUUUUGUCCUUCUGGUGUUUGCCAACAGUGGGUCUAUCUGCAUCAUCAUCUUCUCCUUGUUGCUUGUCUCCUAUGGUGUCAUCUUGUUCUCUCUGAGAGGACAUAGCUCUGUAGGGAGGCACAAAGCUCUCUCCACCUGUGGAUCCCACAUUACCAUGGUGCUUUUGUUCUUUGUGUCAUGCAUAUUAAUAUAUGCACAGCCUACAUCUGCAUUCUCUUUUGAGAAAAACACACUUGUAUUUGCCACUGUGGUGACGCCGUUGCUCAAUCCUAUGGUUUACACUUUUCGGAAUAAGGAAAUGAAGAAUGCCAUCAGCAAAAUGUGGAGGAGAGCUGUAGCAGUUUCUGGUGAUUUUUAA